CCUAAUAUACAUCUCUAAGUCCCAAACACAUACAAACAACAUCAAAAACAAUGGCGAAUAACGCCAAAUCCACAACAAAAAAACACCCAUUAGUCCUUCUCACAACUCUCUCUGUCUUGAUCCUAACCGUUUCCAAACCAGUGACCUCCCAGAACUGCGGGUGUGCCUCUGACUUCUGCUGCAGCAAAUGGGGUUACUGUGGUCAGACAGAGGACUACUGUGGCGACGGCUGUCGUGAAGGCCCUUGCCAAGGCGGUGGUGGCGGUGGCGGUGGCGGUGGAGGCGGAGACGCCGUUUCGCUUGAAGAAACGGUGACACCAGAAUUCUUUAACUCUAUAAUAAGCCAAGCAAGAGAUGGUUGUGCAGGUAAAGGGUUUUACUCUCACAACGCCUUCAUUGCCGCAGCCAACUCCUAUCCGAGCUUCGGUUCUUCCAUCUCCAAACGCGAGAUCGCUGCGUUCUUUGCUCACGUCACUCAUGAAACAGAAUUCAUGUGCUACAUUGAGGAAAUAGAUGGACCAGCCAAGGCUGAAGACUAUUGCGACAAAGAGAACACAGACUUCCCAUGUGCACCAGGAAAGGGCUACUAUGGUCGUGGUCCGAUCCAGCUCUCCUGGAACUACAACUACGGUCAAUGUGGCAGAGACCUAAACGAGAACAUAUUGGCUUCCCCAGAGAAAGUGGCUCAAGACCCAGCUCUUGCUUUCAAAACCGCUUUCUGGUUCUGGACCACUAAUGUUAAGGGGAAAUUUAACCAGGGCUUUGGAGCGACCAUUAGAGCUAUAAAUGGUAUGGAGUGUAGCGGAAGAAAUCCUGCAACGGUCGAGAAAAGGAUUGGAUAUUUCCGUGACUACUGUGGUAAGCUUGGAGUUGAACCUGGAGAUAACCUCUCUUGUUAAGCUUUGUCUCACGAAAGAAACAAUGUUCGAAAUAUAAUAAAAGUGAUAAAAUAAGAGAAACGUUAUCAUAUGAUACUAUUGUUGUAUUAGUAAUGUAAUGAAACGAUGGAUGAUUUUAACUAAAUGCGUCGAUUUUUGGCGCAAAAUGUAAUACAUACUAUAUUAUUCCU